ACCAAGAAUGGGCAGCAGAUGCUGGCGCACUUGCUAUCCAUCGCGUACCACGUGCUGGACGAGACCAAGCACAUGAACCUGAAGCCGCCGCUGCGCCCGAGCUCCAAGCUGUUCGCCGCCGACGCGCCCAGCUCGCCGCCGCGUUCUCCCGCUGAGGCCGACGCGCCGCAGGACGAGGCGCUGCCGGACGUCAACGGGCUUGCUGCGGGAUUUGCCGGCAGCCACGCGCACGCAGGCGGCGCCCAGGGCCACCCCAUCGUGAUCCCGUACUCGCCCGAGGAGAUCCAAGACACGUACUCGAAGAUUGCGGCGCUCAAAGCCCAGUACAUCAAGAUCAGCGCCGAGCUGCUGGAGGCCGUGAAGGAGGUGGAGAAGAAGCAGGAGCCGCAGCAGGACGACAAGGACGCGACGGCGAAGCUCGUGCAAAGGAGGAAUCAGCUGCGCAAGGAGGUUUAUGAGAGGAACUUGGUCAUGAAGGGGCUGAUCGACCGGCUGCGUAACCUGCAGCACUCGAUCAGGCUGAUGAAGGGAGGGAGCGCGUACCCGCCUAACAUCGUCAUGGAGAGCGUC